CUUUGGCCACAGGAGUCUGGUUGUGAUUGUGUGCUGGUUGCUAAAAGUGCUAGCUCAUGUGUCCUCUAGGAAAUGGCUUGUUUGGUCUCUGCUUUCAGGCUGUACCAGACUUCCAGGAGACCAGACCGCGCAAUUAUGUCCUGUCUGCCAGUGCAUCAGCGCUGUGGAGUGAGGAGGUGGACAAAGCCGAGCAUGAGCUGCGUGUGACCCAGACGGAGUUCGACAGACAAGCUGAGGUCACACGCCUCCUGCUGGAAGGAAUCAGUAGUACACACGUGAACCACCUGCGUUGCCUGCAUGAGUUUGUGGAGGCCCAGACAGCCUACUACAACCAGUGCCACCAUGUCAUGCAGGAUCUACAGAAGGAGCUGAGCAGUUCCAGUGGGGAUGUGUUCUCCAGCUCUUUCGGGAGGAACCCCAACUCCUCCCCGAACGCCUCAGUCCCUGCGGAGAGCCCCACCACGGCCCCCCUGGAGACGGAGGUGCUGCAGAUCGAGGAGGUGCAGCCCCCCGCUAGCGGCACGCGCAAAGCUAAGGUGCUGUACGACUACGACGCCGCAGACACCAGCGAGCUGUCCCUGCUGGCCGAUGAGCUCAUCACGGUCUACACGGUCCCAGGCAUGGACUCUGAUUGGCUGGUUGGGGAGAGGGGCAACGUGAAAGGGAAGGUGCCCGUCACGUACCUGGAGCUCCUGAGCUAAGGGGAUAACCGUCACCAGCUGUCUGCACACACACACACAUAUACACAUACACACACACACAUUCACUCACUGCCUCACACGCACACACACAC